CUCGAAGUCACGCAGCAUCUGGGACACGAGCGCCCCGUACGUCAGGGUGAGCAGCUCCGAGUUCUGCAAACGCGAACAGAGCAGUGUAAAUACUAUUCACGCUAUGAUUUACGGCAGUGAACUGUUCGAGAUCAUCUAAGACGCAACAAUAUAAGCAGUAGUGUUGAAAAAAAAGCUGUGAUAGAAUAAAACGGGAUCUUAUUGUUUGCUGGAAGCAGCGUUUUGCACGUGUGACGUUGGCGUCGAUCCCGUUUGACGCACGGAUUGCUUCCGGAUGUGCCGCAAUACGAGAACGUAGCACGUGAGCCGUCAGCCGGAUCUAUUCGGUAGAGCAAACAGAGCUUUGCAGAGCUGUCCUGUGCAGGUGGCCCGCAGGAAUCGAGACGAGUUCCUUAUAGUGUGCGGCGAAAGCGACGCUAGAAGAAACGGGCGAUGGCAGAAGCGAUCAUAGCCGAUUGGAUCUCCGACUACAGCUCGCUGCAGGAAUCGGAACUGCGAACGUUCGCCGCCCAGCACGAGAAUGACUUCGAAAUCUCCAAGGCACUCUACACCAUCCUGAACGAGCGGACGAAGUAUAAGGACCUUAUUCAUCCCAUCUGCAAUCAGCUGUGCAAUUUCUAUCGCUCCAAUGAGGCCGAACUGCGCCGCUUCACGUUGCAGUUUGUGCCAAUGCUGAUCUAUCUGUAUUUAAACUCGGUAGCACUGGGCGACAAGAAGGGCUGUCGAUCGAUCGAAACGCUACUGAUCUGCAUUUACAAUAUUGAGGUCAGCUCGGAUGACGGCAGUCCAAAGGUGGUGUCAUUUCGAAUGCCUGUCCUCGCGCAGACAUCCGUCUAUCAUGAGGAGAAAAGUCUACAGCCAAGCGAUUUACGGCGGUGGGAAGAGAACAGCAAUAAGGACAUCAACUGGGGUCCGCUACCCUCGAUUGAAUCGAUCAACGCGCAGAACCGGCUCAAGGUGAUGACGGCCCUGCUGUUUACGUACAACCAGCAGCUCAAUCAGAUCCACAAACCGGCCCUCUACCAUCUGUGCAAAACGACCUCGCUGCUGGUGAACCAAGGCUUUCCGAAGCUGCCGGGCGGCCACAUGCACCGCUCGUCGUACGGCAAUGAUCCGAUCUCACCCCAGCAGCCGAUGGCGAUGGCAGCGCCGUCGCACGUCGUCCGGCCACCGCCCCGGAUCGCCGUGAACUCGCAGUUUCUGGUGGAGCUGGCGCAUGCCAACUACUUCGCCAUGUUUAACGAGUUUGCGUCGGCCGCGAUCGAGGCGGUGACGGAUCUGCACAGUCGCGCGUGCUACGAAAUGCUUCCCGAGGUGAUACUGGUGACGAAUGCGAUACGCAACUCGUUGCAUGCGAAUCCUUCCGGUCAACCCAGUGACGGUCCGAUGGGUAUUAGUGUUGCACUGACGCCUGCCACGACCACGGUGACGGUCUCGAAAUCGAUGAUUACGAACGCUUCCUUCCGGACGAAGAAGCUACCAGACGAUCUGGAGGUGGAGUUUGUGAAUGCGCUGCAGUCAACGCAACAGGAAAUGAUGAGCAAGCUGGCGAUGAUUGACGCCGACGUAGGAAACGACGCAGGAGGCGCUGGAACGGCAGUUGGCAGCGCUGGUGGUGGUGGUGGUGGCAUAGCAACAGGCACGCAAAUUGCAGUUAAUAUUGGACCGGAUGGUACCGUCGAUCCUGACACAAACAGUCCACGGACCGAACCGAAAAAGAAGGAAUCAUCCCGAAAAUGGAAGAACUGGGGCUGGAAAACGAAUGCUCCGACCGGUGCGGCAACGAAUGCUAAUGGAACCGGUGCCGGUGGUACGAAGCAGACCAGCAUCGAGGAGGAGGCAGACUCACCGAAACGGUCCGGAGGCUCCACACGUCACUCAAGUCCGGCCGAUUCACCCAAGCACAAGCUGCUGCUGGGAACGGGCAAGGUGGAGGACGUGAAUUCGAACGCCAGCGUCUCGCCGGCAUCGCUGAGACGCAAGAAGUUCCUGUCGAGCAAGAACCAAUCACCGGUAAAUCGAUCGGAGGCACGGGCCAGUGCCGGUGCCCGGUUGUACGAGGAGUUCGAGAGCAGCUUGCAGGACUCGGACUCGGACGAGCUGGCAGCGCUGAUAGUGAAUGGGCGGCCGGCUACGAUUCAUCUCAUACAACCGUCCACCAUUCCAGACGAUAUUCCAAUACAGGGGCCAACGAAGGAGGAGAACGGUGCGCCCGGACACCAGCAUCUGACCAGCAUCAAUGAAGAUUGCGAGAGCGGGCUACCGUCGACGGACGGCAGCACGAAGGGUACAAUUGCUGGGGCAGGCACUGGGUCGUCCACAGCGAGCGGCACCCCGGGCAAACCGAAGGACUCCAAAACGCAUAAGGUGCUGGGUGGAUUCAAGAAGCUGAAGCCGGAAAAGGACAAGGACAAGGAGAAGGACAAAGACAAGGAGAAGGAUAAGGAUAGGGAUAAGGAGGGCGGCAGCGGCACAACGCUGCCCGUGGUGCUCGUUUCCACCGGUUCCGGGGGCGGUGUGACGCUUCCGGUGAAUAGUAGUGGUGCGGCAGCAGCCACCGGCAUCAGCGUCGGCGGCACGUCGCUGGUCGAGGAAGCGAAGGCGCUAAUGUCAUCGGCGAAGAAGAUCAACUCGAAGGAGAAAUUAAGUGCAUCCGGCGGUGGAGGCCAGCCCGCAACCGUUGUCGUCCUCUCGAACGGAAGCAUCCUGAUGGGAUCGGGUCCGGCCUGCGGUACGGCGAACGGCGACAGUGUGGACGGGACGAUCGUAACGAGCACGGCCAACGGUGGAAUCGGCGGCAAGCAGUCACUCGAUAUUGGGGAAUCGUUCGAUUCUGGCAGUGAGUUGCUGCAGCAGCAGCAACAGCAGCUGCACGCCUCAACCACGAUCAACAACAGCAGCAAUGGAGGCAACACGAUAAAAACCACCGUGCUGGAUAUGAAGAACCACGGCAGUAUACAAGUUAGUCAAGUUUAGAUUGUCGUCCAUUCGUUUGUUCGGGCCUACCGCUAGGAUACCUGUCUUUUUCCCCCUCCUAGUUUUGUGGGUAAGGGGAGAAAUGCGUUGAGUGUGUGUUGAGUAAGCUAUAUUUUUAAAAGAAAUAUUUGUCCUUUCCUUUAACUCAUUUCCUUUCAAUUGUCAUGAAGCACUCCGCACGUACACACAGUAUUGCAGUCCUACCAGUGGGACAUUCUUUAACGCUCACACACACACACUCUCCCACAUGUCCCUUCAUGACCUGUUUUCCCUCCGCGUACACGGUCCUUUUAGAGAAAGGUGCGAACAUGUUAAACUGGCUAGCCACCGUCGGGGGGUCGUCGGUGAUUAUAGAUAGUGUACGUAUAUGUUGUGGUGCGAUUUUGUUACUAUAUAUACCAAAUAAGUGCGGUUGAACGGGCAGUGGGAGAUAGUGGAACUGCCACUAGGGUCCAUAGUGUGUUAUAAUUUGUGUGUUACAGUUGGAAGUAUUUUCUUUGCCGUUUUUUUUGUUUGUACAGAUCAUAGUUUUUCUUUUCGAGCCUGAAUUACUAUAUGUUUAUCCUUAUCGGUCUAAUAUUACUAAUGUGAUAGUCAGCUUUUGUUGUAUUUUAUAUUCGCUUUAAAUAUCAUUCUCUCCAUUUAAUCGUUAUUUUGUUUCACUUCUAAUCUUUCAAUCUCCCCGUAUGCCCCACGCAGUCUUGUCUUAAGAUAAUUUUGAUAACAGCAACGCAUCUCUUGUUAAUGAUGGGGUCUUCCAAAGAAUUUUUCAUUCCACGCAAGCUUUUCCCGCAUAAUACCCCUUCACCCUUUCAAUUGGCGAAUAUCUAAAGCCGCGUUAUACGAGCGAGAGGAGGGAAAACAACGAUCACGAUAGAAAUUCCAUUUUUAUGUCGUUUCUCCUAACCGGUGUAUGUAAAGUGUCUCGUAGUUUUUGUUGUUGUUGUUGUUUCCAUUCAUUCCCUCUGCCUCACUUGGCUCGUCGUCAUUAGCGAAUCAUCUAUUUUCGCCGAGUGCCAUAACCACCGUGUUGCUGUACCAUCGCCAACGCGCCCACACGAAUCUGGUUGGGUAAAUAUGCACUCCCACACACACACUCACCAAAAAUGAGGGAAACGGCUGCGUUCCGAAGCGCGCGUGUAUAUCCUUGCGGCAGGCUAAAACGCUGCAAAGCAAACAAACCAAACACUCGCACACACCAGGUUAGAAAAAAAACAACACCAACCCAUCUUUCCAUACUCUAAACGGCCUAUAACGACGAGAGCAGCGUGUCGGACGGUGAGGAACUGGGUUAAAGCAUUCAUUGGGAAAUUUCGGGGUGCAUAAAUGAAUCAGUUUGUAGAGAGGGUGGUAUAAGCACCAUCAUUUGAUUAGCAUCGGUUUUAUCAGCUAUGGCUUAUGCUCACUCUUAUUGGCGCUAAACGUAGCGUAGAGAUAUCCCCCAGCGCUGUGCCACCCUAAUUUUAGAUGUCCUUUUUUCACACGCUUUUGCAAGCUGCUGGUGUGCGAAAGGAAAUCGAAAAUUACCUUUAAAUGACUGUAGGCUUGUGUUUGCGUAAAGCUUGUGCCUGUAUACUUGUAUUGAUGUACAGGGUUUUCCAGGAGUUCUCAUAGCUGUGGGACACUUUAUUGACUCCUUCUUGCGUUAAAUGAACUUAAUCUAGCGGGAAUUGGACCCUACAGCACCCUUGUUGAACAAAUCUAAUAGGAAUUUCCAAGGAACCUGUCUAAAAAGGAUAGCAUAGAGUCCAAUUUCCAUCAUAUGAGGUUCACUUCUCAUAAGAAAGUGUCAAAGAAGUGUCCCACAACUAUGAGAGAACCCUGAAAAACCCUGUAUUGAUUUAGAUUUGUGAAAUCGGACUGACUGGCGUGUUGAGCAUAUUAAUUGAGCGUUUUCUGUUCGAUCUAUUCCCAACGGUGCGCUUUGGCUCAUUCAAACUCUGCAAUCGACAGCAGCUGUGGAGGAUCUAGGGAGUGCAGUGGAGGGAAGAAACCGCAAAUCACUACACCCAGCAUCACUACAACUCUGGGGGGGAGAAAGAGUGAAUUUGAAACGAUUUUUUUUUGUUUUGCUGUGUUCUGUUACCCUUACUCUUUCUCUAUCAUCCGUGUGUAGGAGUCACCAAUUACCGUCAUCGCCAUUUGAUUGAUAUGCACCAUAAUAGGCAGUCUUGUCGACCGUUGGUGUUUAGACGAGCAAUUAGCCGUAAAGUUUUGCGUUUUGAUAAGGAAAGCAAGAAGAAAGCCUGCAAAUGAAUUGGUUCUGUUAGUGGGAUGAAGAAAAAAAAUGGAAAAUGUCGUUCCUAAUGUAGUCAUUAUACUUUUUCCCAUCGAAACUUACCCUCGAUUGCUUUUUGUGGGGCUGUUUUUCUUUCUUUUUCGUUUGAGCGAGAGAACCCGCGUUAGAGAAAUGUUACAUUUCUUCCAUACAUACGAAUUGAAUGUGCCAACAAAGUGUCCAAUCUUAUGUGUCUGUGUGUGUGUGUGUGUGUGUUGAAGGCGUGUUGUGCGAGAGACGGAUUUCGAUGGUUUUCUGUUUUGGAGUGUGCACACUUCCGGGGACAUUUCCUUUUUUAUCCCCCCCGGUCGCUCACAAUCUCUGCGACCUAUUUCCUUUUCCCGAAACGAGUUCUGCAAUCCACCACCUUCCACUCUUCUCCUUCCCCUUUUCUUCUAAUUCAAUGAAAGUAAACAAAAUGGGAAGGCAGGAAGGCCGACUUGUUCAUUUCUUGUUCUAUUAUUUAUCCACACAAGAAAAAGGCUCUCGAGAUUAUUGGGAGAGAGAGAGAGAGAGGGAGCAAACGAAUGAAACGAGGUCGUAUUUGCAAAUGAGGCAAAGCGAAAUGAGGUCGUUUGAGAUUUGUUUAGCCGAAUUUGGUUCCGAAUGGCGCAAAUAUACUGAAGCAAUACUAGAAGUGUACUACCACUGCACACAAUGCGUCCGCCUUGCCUGCUUCCUGGACGGUUUGUAAGGGAAGAUUUUCUCCAUUACCAUGGAAACCCGUCUGCGAAUGAUUUCAAAGGAUGCUGGCGUUUAGGGUUUGUUAUUAAUUGUUGUUAUUUAUCUUACUGUUUCUCUCUCUAUCUCUAUCUCUCUCUCCUUUUAUCUCUCUCUCUCCCUCCCUUUAUCUCUAUCUCUCUCUCACUUUCGCCUGUUUGUUGUUACUUCCUCCUUGACGGUACAACAUUAAUCCAACACUUAUCACACACACUCACUUACCCCAUCGUUGUGUGCAGAGCGAGAAGAAGAAGAAGAAGAAGAAAAACGUCAACAAAAAAGCAAUAGUUAAAGUAAACUAACAAAACAAAACGCUUAGAGUUAGGAGUGUUUUUUUUUUUCUUCAGCUUGUGUUGGUGCAAUGCUUCAUUAUCGUUUCGGUGGAUUAGGUUGGAUUGUUGCGGUAAGGAUCGUUCUUACCAUCAAAUUGUGAUUUAAAGCUUAUGUGUGUAGCAGGGAAAAAGGGGUUGUUUAAUCUUUACUUUACAAUAGUGUACAUUCAUUAAAGGAAACACCAACACUUUCAAAACUUCGAACAAAUAAUCAACCGUACAUGAAUUAGUUAGAACUAUGGACACAAAACACACACACACAUUCGAUGAAGCAAAUGGAGCUAUGUAUAAUAGACUUGUGAUGGAGAACGGAAUGUCUGUUGUGCAUGAUAUUAUAUAACACGUUAGGAAUUUGUUUCACGAUCAAUCGAAAGCUUAUGAAGCGAUUAGCCCAUAUACUGGCAGACACAUAUCAUUUGGCACACGUUGUUGUAUCGUUUUUUUUUUUUGUUUUGUUCUUUUCACCGGCUUGUUCAGGAAGGAUCUAAUCUUUCGUCUGUUGUUAACAAUGCAAUACCAUUUGUUUGCUACCACACAAGUUAUCCAUUGUUAUGUCCUUCAUUCUCUGAGCGUUCUUGUCGUUUCUGCUACGAAAUGGUAAUAAUUUAAAAAAAAACAAUAUAUGAACGAGAACAUUAAUACAAAAGAAGCACACACACACAUUUAUCGGAAGUCGAAAAACAGAGAAGCUGUAUGAACACAAUUCGACAACAUCUUCCCUCCCCGUAUAUAAAACACAGAGAAGGAAGCGUUCGUUAGCGCCAAAAGCGUUUAGAUUUCAUUGUCGGUGUACAUACUUACGUAGUAAACGAAUUCAGCGUUUAGUCAUUCAACAGAGUGGAGGAAGCAAAGACCUCCUGCCGUCGAUGAGGGCUGUUGUAAAGUUCGUGGUGUUUUAGGUAGCAUAGAAUUGCAUUACUUCAUCAUCAUGUGCGUUUUUUGUGUUUUUUUUUUUCUCUCGAAAAUCGCACGCACGCCACCGCUGUGUGCGGCGAUUACAAUGUUCGUUCGCUCUCCAGUCAGAUUGUUGAUGAAACGUUCACAGAGACUAUACAUAUACAUAUAUACAACAAACAAAACAAAACAAAAGAAAACCUUAUAUAUAUACAAAAAUCUGAAGCAAAACACACGUAUAUAUAUAUACAUCAAGAUAUUUAAAGAAAUCAAUUUGUCAGUGUAAUUUAUCUCGAAAAACCCAUACGCAAAACAGAACGAUAUUAUACGCGAUCAAUGAACAAAACAAACCAAGAGAAAAAUAAAGGAAACGUAAGGACUUGAGCGGAGAGCAAGGACAAGCACCCUACACAGAGACAAGCGUAAUGGGGCAGCAAAAAUCGCGUGCGUGGCAUACUGUGGUGAAAUCGGGCCGAUGCUGUUGGUCUGGUAGGCCGUCAGCAAAGCAGCCGUUGCUGUGGGCAACGGUGGUGGUAGACGACUAAUUCAAAUGGCUAUAUUAGGAAGUGGCAGGGAUUCAGUAGUGGCGUGUUUAGAAUUAUUUGGGGAUUACAGCAGCAACAAAACAAGCGUAUAAUGCCGGGAAAAGUUAUAGGUGCAACACGUGAGCGGGCGGGCGGGCGGGCUGGGAAUGCAAUGUGGAACAGUGAAGCAUGAAGAAGAAAACAACACGAAAAACAAAUCUACUCUGUACAGAAGAGGAAAAUAUAUGAUAUCGUUACAACCAAAAA